UUUUUUUUUAUCUCUGGUAAAAGGCAAACGAUUCAUAUCUUAGUGUAAGUUAAUUAGAAGUGUUAUUUCAAUGUAAGAUGUAGUCACUGUAAAAUGGACUGGAGGAGCACAAGCAUGAUGUCGUUCUGUAGCUUCUGUAACUGCAGGAUGUGUUAUUUGUUAUUUGUAACUAAUGUCUUUCUUGAACUUUAAGCGUGAAUCCGUCCGUCCUUUAAUCCACGGUUUGUGAAUCAAGUCGACUGCUUGCUUCUCCUUUUUGUUUGGUCCCGGCCAUAAACGUCUGCCCGUUUGAAGGUCCUGUCACCGUGACAACCAGUCAACACAGCGAUGCAACAGCAGCGAGAGAAAUCAGGACACUUCUCUGAGACGUUACUCAAAGCAAGAGUGAACCGUGAGCCAUUCUGGCUGAAGACUGACUCACUCACAGGUCGGCGCUGGAGACCAUUUCAGCACGUUGCAAAGCCUGGGAACAACAAAAUUAUAGAUAUAUGAGAGCAAGAUUACACAAGGGCUCGUCGCCUCAGGGCAGCGACAACGUGACAAAAGGAAGGAAGUCCUCAAGCUUUUCUCAUGUCUCAUCCUUCCUGCUCGUCGUUAACAAUAAAGACAGGAAACUACAGCGCGGAAACAGUCACAUGUCGACCAACGUGAGAAAGAAGAAGCAGCGAGCACAAAAACCUAGCAAGAAAAAGAAGAGAGAAAAGGUUUCCACAGAACAAACCAACGAGGCCUUCGGCUCCAACGCCCCGGAGUUCGUGGCGUUCCUGGAUCAGAUGAUCAGAUGGUUUUCCGAGCAUCAGCAACAGGUUGAUCAGCUGUUCGGCCCCAGCGACCCGGACGGGAGUGGACGGGUGCACCUGAAGGACUUUUGUCUGGGCCUGAUGAACCUGGACGUCCCCUGUCAGCGCGCUCAGCUCCAGACACUGACUCAGCUGCUGAAGAACGCCGGCAACACGAUACGUUAUCGAGGCUUGAACGGACAAGUGCAGAGUGUGAGGCUGGGGGUCGGGAGCCUAGAGGUCGGUGCUCAAACAGCUGAGAGAGGAGACGUGGGGAGAUUCGUCCGCCUCAGGCUCAGACUUGUUCCAUUUGACUCCUCUGCAGCCCAUCCAGGGAACUUUGAGGUGAUUCUGCCAAGCAGCACCAAAGUGGCCGGUCUGACGAGGAUCAUCCAGGACCGGGUCGGGAUCCAGACCCGCAGGCUGGAGGUGUUCCCGAGCCGGCAGACCGCAGCGGAGGCCUGCCUGCCCCCGGAGCGCACGCUGGAGGAGUGCGGCUUCAUAGGAGGGCCGGAGGAGAGCCCUGCAGAGGACACGGUGUACUACGACUACAGCCUGACGCUCGCAGACUGUCCACUCCUCAACUGCGACCACUACUUCAGGCUGGAACCAGAUCCUGCUGCCAGACGAACUAGAACCUGUUGAUAAAACGUUGAAAAAAUGAGAUUCUAGCCAGAAGUACAAACAGGUCUCAUAGUUACUUUUCUCUGACUCUGCACCUGAAUGUAACAGAGAAAAACAUGCAGUUAUAAAUUAUUAACGUAAAUAACUGUGAAGUUAAUACCUAACCAAUAACUGUUUUACUGGUGUGAACGCAGUCGUGUGAAUUUGGUAGGAAGAUGUUUAUGAAAAUGUUAUUGUGUUAUAGGUUGUUUCACUAUAUCAUCGUUAUAUAAUGGCAUUUAUGUGAAUCUGUGUGAAUCCAAUAAUUUUAUUAUUUCCCUUAUAAGACUCUAAACUGAUUGGCCCAGUACUUGCUUUAUGUUGCUGUUCAACUCUAGGCACCUUCAUCAGAAGGUGUCUCUCUCCUCCUCCUCCUUGUGAUUCCAUGUGACAGCAGUAUUUUGGUAAAUGGGAUCAGAUCAUUAAGACAUAACUACUGUUUAAAAAAAUGCAAGCUGAGCACUGACAGCCUGCUGAGUCAAUGUACAGUUGUCAACAAUUACAAGGUUUGGGUUUUAGAAGCAAACCAGCUGGGAGCUUCACACUCAGCAGGGGGUCGUACUCACAGGGAGAUCAUUUCAGUCUGAGUGUGCAGCAUACUCCCAUUUUUACUGCUCCAUAAAGCGGUGUGUGUAAUUGGGGCCCCAGGGGGCCAGAGGAGCUACACUGUCCCUCACUGGAGCCAGUGGAAAGUGCUUGGCUGGUGGAAACCACAGAGCAGCUAUAAACAGCGGCUGGUGGUGGCUAUGCAGCUCUGAGCCCAGACUGGCCUGUAGCUCCCAGCUGCACAUUUAAUUCCCCCCAAAACAGAAGAGAAACAACGCAA